AUGACUUCUAUAGUGGUUGGUAGUGUAGUGUAGUGUGACCAAUAGGAGGAUCAUGUCGGGGAUCAAGUUCAGUAUUAAGAAGAAAAGUGGGGGCAUAGACAAGUUGAAGUUGACGUCAAAGUCAAAGUCAAAGUCAGACAAAUCGAAGGUGAGUAUACAGACUGUUAAGAAAGUUAAUCCUUUAGCUUCUACGACAUACAAGGCCUUUGCAGAUGAAGAAGAUGAUAAUGAUAAUGAUGGAAAGACUAUUGAAAUCGAGACCUUUGACUCGCAUACUUUGAAGACUGCAUCGGGAGAUAACACACAAGAACCAUUGAUCAUAAUACCGAAACAACUCCAUAGUCAAAUAAGUCAACAGGCGAGAGAAGAGCAAGUGCGACAGCAGGAAGAGGACGAGUCUAAAGCUCGAUUAGACUAUGGAAUAACUAAUUAUAGUAAUAACAGUAAUGAUAAAGAAAAUGAUAACAAUAACAAUGUACUGUCUGUAUCUGUGCUACAUCGUCAGAGAGCUGAAGAUCCCGAUGAAGACUCUGAUGAGGAGUAUGCUAAAGUACCAGUAGACCAAUUUGGUGAAGCCCUAUUAAGAGGAAUGGGUUGGACUCCAGAUCCACAACCAAAUAGUAAUACACCCCAACCUAUGAAUCAACAAAAGAGUCCAUUAUUAGGUAUAGGUGCCCAGCCUAUAGAUUCAGAAUUGUAUGAUGAUAUCAAAGGAAAGAAGCCAGUAGUGCCACUACUUAAAGUAGAUAAAAUUACAGGAGAGCGAGUAUCUGAAGAAUAAAUAAAGUAUAUAUAUAAAUAAAUAAAGUAUAUAUAUAAAUAAAUAAAGUAUAUAUAUAAA